AAGACUACUACUCUCCAAGAAAUAAUGCACCAUACUUCUUCCUUUGUUUGUUGUGUAGAUGCUUCCUGGCUUGAUUCACAGUCACGGGCAGGUAUUGGGUGGAUUCUAUAUAACCCACAGGGCCGUCGUGUUCUUAGAGGAUUCUCCUCUGUUGCUCCAGUUGCUACUGCUCUGGAAGUUGAGGCCUUGGCUCUUAAAGAAGCACUUUUUCAUCUCAGACGUCUUAAUUACGUGGAUGUUACCUUCUGUGAUGAUUCAAUGCUCCUCUAUCGCCAUCUGGAAAAGAUAAAGAAGAUGCCACAUUCUGUCCCUGGUUGCUUGGAAAUUCAAUCAUAUCUGGAUGACAUUACAGCUUUAUCUCUGAACUAUUUUGCUUUCAAGUUUAUUUGUAGAAAUGAUAACAGUGCAGCUGAUCUUCUAGCUAAAUCAGCUAGAAGCCAAAAUCUCCCUUUUACUAUCUCUUGGGAGUACUAAGUUGUAUGCAGUACUAAGUUUCUUAUAUUAAUGAAAGGUUGGCCGACAA